GGAGACGCCGAAGACCGCCUAGAGAAGUCGCUAAAGGGCUCUCGGGAAGGGUGUGGGGACGCUAUCUCGUUAGGCUUGCUUGUCCGGAGUACGGAAGUAGCAGGCGGCGGCGAUUUAUUACUAAAUUUAACGACGGAGCGAGUACCUAGGCAUGUAAUUAAUAAUUGUAUACGGAAUACACAGACAGUAACCUUGCGCCGUUUGUUGUUUGUCGUCGUUGUCGCUGUUGUCACUGUUGUCCGAUGCCUUGUUGACUUGUUGUCGAGUUCGAGAAGUAAUCACAAUAUACUCCGUAAUAAUAAUAAUAAUAAUAAUAAUACUCCCUGGUCCCUAUUUCCCCUUCCUCCCUUCUCACUUCCCCAGACAGAGAGCCAGAUGUUUGGCCAUAUAAAUAAGCACUCCGGUUACUUUUGCUGGCAAAUUGCUGCUCUCUCCUCUCUCUUCCUCCUCCUCUUCCAACCUCUAGCUUUGUGAAUGCUCCAAAGAACUUGGCCCAAUAUCUGUUGCUUUCAUCCAGUUCCUCCUCCUCCUCUUGCUUGCCCAUUAUGAGUCAAGGUGUCCCCCGUUUCCAGCAGCGCAGUUGCGUCCAUUCUUCUGCCCCUGCCAACGCUACUCCUUCAGAGAGCUCCUAUGACACCGCAAACCCUGGCUAUAUCCGCAAAUACCUUCGAUCAUACGGCUUGACGCCUCCCCGGGUGGAGAGCUAUGAGACACAGAAGACUAGAUGUCUGAGGCAGUUGGCCCUCAAACCAACCUCCAUCGACAAGUUCCUCUACCUCAGCACUCUCCGCAGGAAUAACGUCCAUCUUUUCUACCGUUUGGUUGUAGACCAUCUAAAGGAACUCACACCUUUGAUAUACACGCCCGUUGUGGGCGAAGCUUGCCAGAGAUGGUCCGAAAUAUAUCAGCAACCUGAAGGAAUGUAUAUCAGUUACGAAGACAGAGGCAACAUUGCAGCUGUCAUUCAAAAUUGGCCCCAGCCGCAUGUCGAUAUUACUGUUAUCACGGAUGGCUCUAGAAUUCUUGGCCUGGGAGACCUUGGCAUCAAUGGAAUGGGUAUCCCCAUCGGAAAGCUUGCCCUAUACACGGCCUGCGCUGGUGUCAGGCCGGAUGCUACUCUGCCUCUAACCCUAGAUUUGGGAACGAGCAAUAAGGCGUUGAGAGAAGAUCCUCUUUAUAUGGGUAGUCGUCGAGACAAGGUGACCCCUGAGCAAGAAUUGGAAUUUAUGGAUGAACUGAUGAUCGCCCUGACCGAGAAAUGGCCUGGCAUUGUCGUGCAAUUUGAGGAUUUCAAGAACCCAUUCCCAGCUCUUGAACGGUAUCGCCACAGAUUUACCUGCUUUAACGACGAUAUUCAGGGAACCGGCGCUGUUAUUCUUGCGGGAGUCAUGAAUGCCGUAAAGCAGUCUGGCAUUCCCACCAGAGAGCAUAAGGCUGUCUUCCUUGGAGCAGGGAGCGCUGGUGUUGGUGUUGCCAAACAGAUUGUCGACUUCUUCGUUCGCGAAGGAAUGACAGAAGACGACGCCAAGGCCUGUUUCUACCUCGUUGACACAAAGGGUCUUGUCACGGCUGAUCGGGGCGACAAACUUGCCCCGCAUAAGGUUUACUUUGCGCGAACUGAUAACCAGGGCCAGCAGUUGAAGACAUUGAGCGAGGUUGUUAAUCAUGUCAAGCCCACCAUGCUUAUGGGCCUGUCGACCCUUGGAGGCGUAUUUACCCCUGAAAUCCUCAGAAGCAUGGCCUCCUUCAGCAAGCGACCCAUCAUCUUCCCCCUCUCAAACCCCUCCGCGAACUCUGAAUGCGACUUCGAAGCCGCCAUCACACACACCGAUGGUCAGGCACUAUUCGCCUCCGGCUCCCCCUUCCAGCCAUUUUCAUUUAAAAACUCAGCUGGCCAGACAAAAACCUACUAUCCAGGCCAGGGCAACAACAUGUACGUCUUCCCUGGAAUUGGUCUGGGAACCAUCCUCAGCAAAGCCGUCGAAGUCACCGACAGCAUGAUCUACGCAUCUGCCGAAGCCCUCUCCAAAACCCUUACCCCAGAGGAACUCGAACAUGGCCUCCUCUACCCGGACCUCACCCGCAUCAGAGAGGUGAGCGUCGUUGUGGCACGUGGAGUCAUCCAUGCAGCCCAAGAGGCCAAGGUCGAUCGGGAGACGGGAAUCCGCGCGCUGAGCGAUGCAGACAUGGAUGCCUGGAUCCGGUCGAAGAUGUACGCUCCACAUUCUGAGGUUGCGUCGCUGGAGCGAGAGGUGGGCAUCUUGCUUUCGUCGAUUGGCCGGCCGAGCUACGGUAGUAAUGGCUGGGAGAUGGGGUCGGAUGAAGAUCCCAAUGAUAAGGGGGCUAAGUUGUGAAUAUAACGUGCCGGGAACUUUUAAUUUCUUUUCUUUUGAAGCUUUCCAAUCGCUCAAACCCUCCACCUUACCCCCGCUUACCGUGAUUGGCACCGUUUCCUUUCGACCCCUGAGUCCUCUAGCGCACCUUUUCCAUUUUACCUGCCUCUUUUACCUGCUUCAGAUGAGAAGUGACACAUGAAUGCAUUGACAUUCUACAUACAUGUGUUUGUUCUUUUCUUCGUCUUGUUUUCCCCAGGUUUACAAUUUUGUUUCUGUCUGGCGCAAGUUCUCACUCUUCUUCUUCUUUUUUUUUUUUUUUUUUUUUUUUUUUUUUUUUUUUUUUUUUUCUUGUGUGGGAACACGGCAUGGAACAAAAAAGGGAGCAUAUGCGUCGGGAUCAUAUCAUUUCCUUAUUUUUGUGUGCUUUUGUUUAUACCCUUGCAAAGGUUCUUUUUUGGUAAUUAAUUUGAUGAAAUUUUUUAUCUAAGAUAGAGAUGGAUGGAUGGUUGGAUGGAUAUGGUUAUACAGCAUACAGGAGUGGUUGGUCAGGGUGGGUUUUGGUAGAAUGGCAGAUGAUGAAUGGAAGGUGGUCUUUUUUUUUCAAUUUUAAAUUUAAUAAUAUCUUUUUUGCAAGAAUAAAAAAAUAAAAAAAAAAAAAAAAAAAAAAAAAAAAAAAAA